CAUUCUGUUUUGCUUCUCCGUUCGUAAUGCUGUUUCACUAAUCGACUAAUGUGUUCGGUUCAGCAGUUUCAAAAUUCUGGUGAAUUCCUCGUGUUUGCAAGGUAAAACAACCACAGCACCGAAAUGGCAGGACGUGGCCGUGGGAAGGCCACCGGUUCCCUCACGCAGGAGCAGCUCCAGUCGAUGGGUGUCACCAGGAAUGAAAUGCAGGCCGUUUCAUCUGCUGCGCCUCCCCCUCUCUAUCCGAUUCUGCAGUCCAAGCCGGUUCCACUAGAGUCUAAUGCAGACAGGGAUUAUAAAAUUCUCUGGAAGGAGGACUUCAUUUCGUAUCUCCGCGAAUCUCCUUACUACACGACGGUAAAAAGUUCCAAAGGACCCGUUCAACGAUACUCCGAUAAGGUCAUUAAUGUGAUUGAAAACGAUCCGAAACGGAAGUGCGAAGGAGAUUUUCUGUGGAGCAUAAUGCCAGCGGAAUUGAAGCCGACCUUCAAGCGAACGAAAUCGGCCGCCAAUGGGGCGUCCAAGGGCGCCAAGAAGUCCAAGGUGGUAGACAUUAAUGCCAAGCUGAGCGAGUUGGAGCAGAAAGAAUCGUUUCUUGACGAUACGGAUGUUAAGAAGGAGAAGGCGAGUGAUUCCGAGGACGAGAAAGAUGACGAAGAGCAGGAAGAGGAAGUCGCCGACGAGGAGAUGGAUGACGAAAAUGAUUACGGAAAUAAUUAUUUCGACAAUGGAGAGGGAUACAAUGAAGAGGACGAUAAUUUGGACGAUGGUCCGGUUUAUUAAAAAAAAAAAGUUAAAUAUGCAUCAAUAGGGUUCUUUAUUUAACUCUUCUAUACAACAGCUUGUCUUUAUAAUAUGUAUCGUUAAUAAGCGACAUAAUUGAUAGUUUUGCGCCAUUCCCGGCUCAAACUGGGAAGGUUUUGUUAUUUUGUUCGAUUACUUACAACACGAGUCGGUUUGCACUCUAGGUCCUAAUAGAACGUGUAAAUAUAUUACUAUUAGAGAAUACUUUCUAAAAGAAAAGGGUGCAACAAGAAAAAUAAGGAUUUUUACUCAUAAAUUAAUUGUCAACUUAAUCGGGAUAAGUCAUACGUAAAUUUGGAAUAUGGUUUUGUAACGUUUAACGACUGAGUUUUCGCCCCUCAUUGGCUAGAUUCAGUAAAG